AUGGCCCGGCAGGAGCGGGAGAAGGGCGAGGCAGAGCAGAAGGCAGCUGGCAUCUCCCGGAGGUUCUCCUUCCUGGAUGGCGCCCAGCCCCGAGCGGGCGGCCCGGCCCGCGGCUCCCAUCUCUGGCCAGCCACGCUGGAGCGUUUCUACACCCAGCAGAAGAUGGACACCAACAAAAGCAUCAACUGGGGCAGGCACAGCCUGGGGAGCUGGGGUAGGACUUCAGGCAGGUUCUCUGUUAGCCCCAGCAGUUCCCGGAGGAAGGAGCUGAAGGAAAUCCUCCUGCAGAGCAACAGCCCUGGCAGCACCAUGAGGUUUGCCACUGCCCAGAAGACAUCCAGCAGCAGCAGUGUUCGUGCAGAGCUGCACCAAGAGCAGAAGCCUGAGCAGAGCCCUGAUCUGUUGCCCCUUGUCCUUGAUCCCCUGGAACACGCGUGGCUGCUGACGGUGGCCGAGGGUGAUGCAGACAGCAUCAUCAAGCUGCUGGACCUGGAUCCCAGCCUGCUGACCAGGAGAGACUUUGUGACAGGCUUCACCGCUCUCCACUGGCUUGCCAAGCAUGGCCACCAUGAGAGCUUCAUCCAGGUCAUCUCCCAUGCCCAGAAGAAAGGCUACCCUGUCAACAUGAACAUCCCCACAGCCAGCGGUGGGCUCACCCCUUUGCACCUGGCUGCCUUGCAGGGACACGAGGUGCUCAUCAAGGUGCUGGUGGGAGCUUACGGGGCAGACACCACCUGCAGGGACCACAACGGGCGCAAGGCUUGGCAGUACCUGCCAGCAGACACCUCCAGGGACCUGAAGGAGCUGGCAGGGGCCUUGGAGGAGGACUUGGUCCAGCUGCACUCUCACAACACCAACAACAACUGUAAGUCAUCCAGAGAGCCUGGGGCAGGGCAGGACUGUGUGGACUCCGGGGCCGAGGGAAAAGCCCAGCACUCCUGGGGCCUGUCAACCCUGCGAGGCUUUGUUAGACAGGCCUUUGCUUUCUUCCAUGAGCGCUGAAGCUCUCCUGGCUUCACCAGUAAACCCAUGCUGGAUAGCAGCUGGAAAAGCCUGCAGGGAGCUAAGAACUUGGUACUCAAAAUCCUGCCCAAGUGAGGGUUAAGCCAUGGCACCAUGGUCACCGGGGGUCUUGUGGUCUUUUGGGGCUACUCCAAUGUGUGCGUGGAGCACCACGGCCAUUGGGAGCAGUACCUUGGGACAGCCCUUCCAAAAAACUGCCUGUCU